AUGUCUAACAAGGCGUCCAAAUCUAAAUCCAAAUCCUCCAAAUCAAGGGAACCGUACUACGCGGUCUCGCCCCAAUGGAAGGAUGUCACACCCAUCCCUCUGAUCGAUGGGCCGCCCGGACAAAAAGAUCCAGGACCGGCCCUUGCUACCAUCGCCUACUCGCCGCGUUACAGCGAAGCCAUGUCGUACCUCCGUGCCAUCAUGGCCGUGAAUGAGUUCAGUCGUCGUGCUCUCGAUUUGACCGAGGACAUUAUCGGCAUGAACCCGGCACAUUACACCGUCUGGCUUUACCGGGCAAAGACCCUAAAGGUUCUCUGGGAGCUGGAGGGAACCUCCGUCGAGGACGGUGUCAAGGUCGAACUGGAGUGGCUCGAUGGGAUCAGUCAGCGGGCUUUGAAGAAUUAUCAAAUUUGGCACCAUCGCCAGCUUCUCCUGUCCCUAGUACCAGCCAUGCCAGACGCCGAACCCGAGUUCCUGGCACACAUCCUUUCGUUUGACUCGAAAAACUACCACGUCUGGACGUACCGCGCCUGGCUGUGUCGGCGGUUUCCCGACCCUCUGCUGAACACCGAGAUGGAACUCGACGCCCUCGACGCCCUGAUCUCCGAAGACGUGCGGAACAACUCGGCGUGGAAUCACCGGUACUUUGUCGUCUUCGGUGCCGAGGAACUCCGCGUGAUCGAGGAGCAGGGCGGAAACCGCAAGGACGUCCUUGCGAACGGGUCCCUCGUGGUUGACGAGGACGUGGUGGAGCGCGAGAUCAAUUACACAAAAGACCGCAUCGCUUGGGCCCCGCAGAACCCGAGUCCGUGGAACUAUCUCAAGGGCGUGGCCAAGAGAGCUGCGAUACCCAUCGGCGAGUUCCAGGUGUAUUGCGAGUCGUUCGUGGGCGGGCGAAAGGCCGAUUUAAUGGGUGACCAGGUGCGGAGCAGUCAUGCUAUCGACUGGUUGGCAGAGAUAUACAAGGAACACGGCGACCUGCAGAGGAGCAAGGCUUGUUUGGACGCACUGGGCCAGAAGUGGGAUCCUAUCAGGAGAAAAUAUUGGGAGUAUAGGGCUCGACAGAUGGGGGAGGUAUGA